GGUGAGAAAAAGCUCUGGGAGGGUUCAAAUGCAAGCAGCAAAAGCUCUAGAAAUGCAAGCAUGGACACUUGGGAUCAGACUCCAACUAAUGCCUGCAAUGGUGCAUGGAAUAAAAAAGAUUCUUGGGAAGAAUCUAUGAGGAAGAAAAAAGAAACUCCUACACUAUGGAAUAGUAUUGAGCAAGAUUUUCCAUCUUUAGGAGGUUCUCAGAAAAAAUCUCAAAGAAACGUCUGGACAGAACGCCAGCAAAAAUUUGAAGAAGUUAAAAGUUUACAACCCACAAGUGAAGCUGAAGAGCAAAAAAUGAUUCAAAUUGCUUUAGAAAUGAGUAAACUUGAUGUGAGAAGUGACGAAGCAAACCGAAAGCGAUUAGAAGAAGAAUAUCGGAUGCAAGAAGAAAUGUUAAAAUUGGACCCAGAUUACUUCAAAGAAUUUGUUCCUGAAGAUUUGUGCAAUGUUGAUAGUAAUUUCCAAUCAGAAGGAUAUGCAACAGCUGAGCAAAAGGGUUUUGCUCAAGAUUAUAAUUCAUCAAAUAAUAAUAAUUGGGAUACUUGGAAUGAUUAUUCAAAUUAUGGAGUGAAGAACAACUCAUCUUCUAAAGACACUUCAGGUUGCGAAAGUAUCUGGGACGAUUGCUCUCGUGAAACAACUAAAUCUGAGUCACAAAAUUCAAAGCAGAAAGAUUAUGAAAGUAUUUGGGGUGAGGUUGAUGAUACAAGUUCAAGCAAUUGGAAUAGCUAUUCGGAUACUAAACCUAAAGAAAACGUUGCCACUAAAAGUUCUUCGAAUUAUAACAGUGUGGAUAGUUUUGAUGAUUCUCCUUUUAAAACAUCUCAGAAACAUAAAAUGAAAACUGCCACUAAAAAUUCUGAUGAUUGGAAUGAUUAUUCAGGUUCAGGAAAUUUAAAAAAUUCAACUGCUAGAAAUGGUUCUAGUUUCAGAAGUGGUAAUCAUCAGGCUGACUCAAAAGAUAAAUCACAAAAUAGCUGGAACGAUACUUCUGACUCUGGUAGCAAAAAAACUUCUAAAAAUUCAUCAAGUUACAAAAAUGACAAUCAUUGGGAUGAUUCCGCUGAUAAAUCACAUAAACAAUCGACAAAGAAUUCAUCCAAAAAAUCUGAUGAAUGGGAUGCUUGGGAUAAUGGUGUAGAUUCUAAUAAUUCUGAUAAUACAGAUGCUAGAUAUAAAAGGAAUUACUCUAAUUUUGAAGAUACUUCAAUCGAUGAAAAGAAACCUGCAUCAGUAGGAUUUAAAGUGACUAGUGAUAAGUUUAAUAGUAAUUCUGAUAAAAUAGAUAAAAGCAUUUCAAAGGCAGAUAAUAAAAAGUCAUCUAGUUCUGGCAAAAAAUCAACAGAAGAUAUUAAAAAAGUAGUUGAUUUGUUUGGAGGAUGGGGAUCGGCAUCAGAUUAUUCUAGAAAACCCAAUGCAAAUGCUAAAAGUGAAAAUAACCUACUAAAUUCUACAGAAAACUCUGACUAUGAAUAUAAAAAUGCAUACCAUCAUAAAGUUACUAAAGAACAAUCUGAAAAUCUUUCAGCUGUAGCUUCCCAAAGCCCAGCUAAGCUUACAAUGCAAAAUAGUUCUAUAAAAUCUAAAUCUUUUAUAAAUUCUGAUAAAGGAUUGGAAGAAGUGGUCGAACUGAAGCUCUCUGAGGAUAAUGAAUCUGCUAAAGAAUCUCAAAAUUCUUAUUUCAACAGACAAAUUAGUCCUAUUUUGGAGGAAAGUUCUGAAGCUAAAAAUAAUUCUUUAGUAACAGGUGACCACUUAACAGCGCCAGCUGCAAAAACAUCAGAUUUUGUAAAAUCUGAUGUACUUACUUCAAAUGUUUCCAAUUUAAAUAUUUAUGAGCAUAACACAAUUAACUCAGAGUCUUUAAAUGAAUCGAACUCAUUAGUGAAUGAAAGUCUUCCCACCAAUUCAAGUUCUGUUUAUAUCCAUUCUCCAAAGCCAGCUUCUGAGUCACUUGAGUUUGGUGGCAUUUCAAAACCAAUUGAAUCUUACUUGACCCCAGAAUUUGUUGAGCCUUCAACUCUUAAUACCCACUCUAGUAAUUUGAAUAACAUCACCAUAAAUGAAACAUCGCAAUUGAAUAAAUCUAAUGAUGACCAAGUCGAGUCCCCCUUUAAUAAUUCACCCUUAGUGUUGCCACCAACUGAUCUCCCUUCAGAAUCACCUAUUAAUCCAUUACUUCCCAUCCACCCAAUGACAGGCGGCUUUAUUAAUCCUAAUAUGAUGUCUGGAAUGAAUCCAAGUAUGGUGCCUGGAUUAGAUCCAAGUAUGAUGCCUGGGAUGAAUCCAAUGAUGGUAGCUGGAAUGAAUCCACUCUUGAUGCAGCAGAUGCUUUUUCUUAGUAAUCCUUUUCUUGCUAGUCAAUUUCGAGCUAUGGAAAUGUACUACAGAUCGAUGGGUAUGGCUACUGUGCCGCAAGGCAUGUUCCCUCCGCAGAUGUGUUCUACUCCAGGCUUAAAUGGUAGUUCCUUCCCCAACGCAACAGAUAACAGUUGUGACAUCAACACUAUAAAUGCUCCAGUUCCUCCUAAUAAUUGUGACAUUGAUACCAAUUCUCCAUUAAUAAAUCCGCCAAUCUAUACUCCAAACAAUAAAUUAAGCUUUGCUCUAAAUGACGAUGGGGAUUCAAGCUCUCACAUUCUAAAAUAUGAUCCCGAUGAUGCCGAUUCAUUGCUGCAGCAAUUUCUUGACCCUUGUGAUAAUGAUAACUUUAUACCACCACCUGUAAUGCCCAAAUCCCGCAGUGGAAAUCCUGCAAACAAGCAGAUACCCUCCUUCACGCCUGAAGCAUGCAAGCCGGUUAACAGCCAUGCAAGUUCAUCUGUUGAUCCUGCAGAAUGUAAAGAUAAUAUUGGCAACAAGAAUACAAAUGAUUCUUACUUUUCUAAUUCAGGAGCUUCUUGGAAUGGAACUGUUUCUGCCAAAGAACCAAUUGCUGUCAAACCUGAAAGCAACGGAUGGGGGGACUUCGAAGAUUCUAAUGGAAUAAAAUGCAACUGGAAUGAUGAAGUAGAUGGGUGGGGAAAUGAAAAUUAUACCUCAAAGGCUAUGGGAAACCCUUCCAAAUAUGAUUCGAAGAAACGGAGCGUUAAUCGACAGCCAUCUAGUCAACCUUCUUUCAGUCGUUACAAGAAAUGAGGGUAUACAAAGAAUUAACCUUUGGAUUUUGAUAUUGAAUUUAACAAAAAAUCAUUUUUUUAAAAACUAUUUUUUCUACACAAUUUUCUUUUCUAAGAAAUGAUAUUUAGUGUUGUAAAUUAUGACAAGCUGGAUACUUCUAAAAACCUUUUGUGUGUAAAUCUUACUAGCCAAGAGAAAAUGUCUUAAUGACUUUUAUUAAAAUUAUUAGGAAAAGUACGAGUACUUUUGAUUUUCUGGAGUGGAGAUACAUAUUUAGAUUAUGUUCAGAAACUGAAAACCAAUUUGUUAAAAGGAAUUGCUGAGAAUUUUUACUUUUUCGAGAAAUUUUUCUUUCUUCUGAGGUUUUUUUUCCCCAUAAAAAUAAUUCCUCGAAAUCCAGGAUCUUUUCCUUUUUUUUUCUCCUGUCAGACUAGUUAUACCUAUGACACCAAUAGAUUUCGUUAUUUUAAAAUACUUGUUUGAAUCGUUUGCAGUUUAGCUUUUGGUGCUAAUUAUUUCUUUAUUGAAUCUACGUAAAAAUGAAUUGUGGUUUUAGGAAUUUAAAUAGAUUAAAAAAUUAAAGGAGUUAUAAUUAGUGUGUUUUCAUUCCUUUUACAUUAUCAACAGUGUUAUUCUAGUUUUACAUUAUUUAUUUUAUUUAGUUAAAUAUAUUUAAAUUAAACAGAAAAUAAAUAUUUGUUUUAACUAAUUAAAUGUUUGUUAAUUCAACUGCAGCUUGAAUUUUAAGGAAACUUUUUCUUCAAUCUUUCUUUUUCAAUGUCGAUGUCUUCAUAUAUAGCUUUGUUAUUAACGUUUUUAUCUUACACAAUAGAAAUUUUUUAAAAAAUUUUGAUCGUCUUCUUAUAAUUUUUCUUGUUUGAUAUUGUAAAAAAUUAAUACUUUUUCUUUUCAAAGUAAUCUUGUAUACAGUGGCCACUUCUCUUAUUAUUGUUAACUCUCACGGGCUCGCAUCUCCACUGAAAUCUACAUUAAGUGGUGUUCUGUAAUUGAAUAUAACUGGUGAUGCUAGAUAAUUAAGUCUAUAAUUGGGUAAAAUACCAUAAAUUUCAAGUAAAAGAUGUUUUGAAAAUGUAUGAUGGUUUAAGAUAAUAAAAAAAAAAAUCACUUGAAGUUUUUUAAUGAAAUUAAAUUAGGUAUUUAACUUCCUAUGGAAAAAUAAUUCUCAUUAUUUUUGAUCAUUUAUCUGGGUUAACUUUUAUUAUUAUAUCACUUUAAUUUUUAUAUACUAUCUCUAUUUUUGGUAAAAAAGAAAUUUUAAGAAAUUUUUUUUUAAUAAAAUCAAUCCACAAAUAUUAAAUCUUUUGACAUCUUGGAUUUGUACCUUUAUAUUUUGGAAUGUUACAAUUAUUUUGAUGUUUUUUCAAAGUACAUUGAGAUCAGUUUCAAAAAUAUAUUCUAAUAUUUAUUACACUGUGUAGUUUUUUGAGUUAACUUUUGGUUGGUUGGGGCAGUAUGUUCAGUAACUAUUUAAGAGACAGGUUGUGCAUUCCUAAGGUAUAAUAACUAUGACUACUUUAUACAUUAUUAAAAAGUGUUAAAGAAAAUCAUUUUUACCUAAUUUCUUUUCUAGUGAAUUUAUUUAAUAACAUAUUUCAUGUUUAAGUGUUUUUGUGUUAAUGUUUAAGUCAUAUGUAAUAUUUUCUGAAGAUCUGGAUAUGCAAUGCAAAUAUUAUUAAUAUAAUUUAAUGUGCUAUUUUUAGUGAAAUAGUUUGGUAAAGUUUUAAAAUUUUCCCACUUUUUUUCCUGUUUUUUAAUAAUUUUCAAAUUCUUUAUUAUAUUUCUAGGGAUGUUGUAAAAUAACUUUACUGCCAAAAUUUUUCUGUCUUAUUCUAUUUUUUAAUGUAUGAUCUAUAUUACAGAUUCUAUAAAAAUAAUAUCUAUAAUAUAAAUCUUGAUAUAGAUUCUAUAAAAGUAAACUAAUAAAACUUAGUCAUCCAAAUUUAUAUCAAUAGUUUUAUUUAUAUAUACUAAUUUAGAAUUUAAUAAAUAAAAUAAAAAACUAAUGUUUCAUUUCUCAAAGAUUUUCAAAAUUUUUUUAAAUGCUAUAUAUUAUAACCUUUUCCUUUAUAAUACAUUCAUGCCUUCGUCAAAAGUUAUUUAUAAACUUGCUGUGUUUACUACAUAAUAUAAAAUAUGAUAUCCCCCUAAAUAAGUGGAAUUUAAACUAUAAUAUAAUUGGUUAUAUAUUUCUAGCAAACAUAAUACUAGUCUCAAUUUUUUUCAAAUUUAUUCUCGUACUUUCUUUCCUUAAACUCUUAUGCCUGAAUGUGAAUCUUUUCUAUCAGUCUCCGUUUUCUUUAAAAAUUGAUAUUUUUAUACCAAUUUUAUUUGAACUUUUAAAUGAAUUUUAAAAAAAAAACUUAUGGUGAGAAAUAGAUCUAAUAAUUAUGAUUUGCUUUUGUUUGACUUGCUUGUAAAGGUGCUUUCGUAACAUUUGUACAAUUACUGUUAAGUGUGUGAUGUUGAAUUACUGUGUAACAAACUGAAUUAAAGCUGUUUACCUGUUAAGAUAUCAAAAUACUUCUGCUUAGUAAUAAAAACUUAAGGUAUGAAAACUUGUUAAGUCCAUUUAAGAGAUUUUUGAAAGACAUUUUAUAGAAAUAAACAGUGUUAGAAACAUUUAAAAGAAUAUUCUUAAGAUAAUACAUUUUUCGGAGUAAGUUUUUCCUUUUCAUAAACUUGGUGCUCUAGUUCAUAUAAUACAGUUUUAUUUUAAAUAAGAGUGUAAAUCACUUGUAAUGAAAAGUUGUCAAGUUUAUUAAAGCUAUAUAAUAAAUUUAAAAGAAAAAAAACAUACAGAGAUACGAGUGAACCCUAUUUCACAAUUCAACUGAUAUUGUUAAAUUAUUUGCUUAGUAAUUGAAAGUUUAAGAUUCAAGCACUUUGAGGAGUUAUAGUAAAUUAAUUUUCUGCUAAGUAAUUAAAACUUGCCAAGUCCACUUCACUUAAGCAGUUUUGAAAAGUUGAAGAAAAAAUAUUGUUACAUGCUUUAUGAAUAAUUUAAUUGAUGUUUAAAAUUCAGUAACUAAAUAAAAAUGCAUUUUAAAGCAGAUAAAGAGAGACAAGAAAAUUACAACCCACUGGGUGUUUAUCCUUUCCCGAAUAUGGGUAUUGUGGGCCUGAAAUAUUUAAGUUAUUUUUCUUUUCAUUUUUUGCUUAAAAUGUUGUUUACAUGACUGUUAACUAUCGAUUUUGGUGCAGCAUGUCAGAUUCUCAUGCUAUGUUACUUUACUUUCAAUCCAAUCCAAUGAUUCCGUUUCAUGUUUAACUCUUAUAAAGUUUUAAAAUAGAAAUGCUCAGUAAAUUAAUGUUUGCUAGAUGUUGUGUUAACAGUUGUGAUUGUAAGUGUAGUUGUUUGUUCUUUAAAGUUAUGUUGUUAUUGUAUAACACUUUUGCCAGACUGUUUUAAAAUGUAUUAUCAAUAUAAAACUACCUAUGUGUAUUUUACUGUGUUGAUUAUUCCAGUUAAAAUUUGGAAGAGCUUAUGUAUAAACAGAACAUUUAUAAGAUGUGUUUGUAUGAAAUAAUUUACCAUGUCUUGUCAAUUUUAUGAAAUGUUAAUAAAUAUUCAAUUGUGAAGUUUA